AUGCCAGAGGGCAAGCUAAAUAACUCCAUAUCAAGGUUGUUUGAGAGCUUAUUGCAUAUCGUUGCGGUUAUCAAGCAUCCUCGUAUGUCUUUCGAGCCUCUAGCGCUAGUGGAUCCAGAUGAUGUUGGAGAAUCGCAAAUCCCGGGGACCGCAAAUUUCGGACAAUUCCAAACAAUAGAUUGGAUAGAGGAAAGCCAGAAACAUGCUUCAAGCACCUCACAUGACAAUCCGGAUCUCAAUUUUGAAAGCUCGUGGCAUCGCUAUCGUUAUUGGGCCUGGAAGCGGUUCCGAGAAAUUAUAACCCUCACCUGUAUUGCGAUACUUUUAGGAUUUAUUGCAGGCAGCAUACAAAUUGUUACCGAGACGCUAGUGAAUUGGAAAUCCGGUCACUGUGCUCGUAAUUGGUUACUCAAUAAGUCAUUCUGCUGUGCAGGUGUGCAAGCCAGCAAAGAUAUUAAGCAUGUAUUAAUCAAACGUGACGAACUACAGUGCAUUAAGGACGGAAUGUGGGUCGAUCGGUCCAACCCAUUUUUGGAUUUCUCAUUGUUCGUCGUACUCUCUUUGAUUUUUGCAUCCGCCAGUGCUCUCAUGGUUAUAUAUAUUGCACCUAUGGCCACCGGCUCAGGAAUAUCCGAAAUCAAAGUUUGGGUUUCGGGAUUUAGGUAUAAAGACGAAUUCUUAGGCCUAGCCACCCUCCUUGUAAAAAGUAUAGCUCUGCCACUUGCUAUUUCCUCCGGCCUGAGCGUCGGUAAAGAAGGGCCCUCGGUGCAUUAUGCCACCUGUUGUGGGUUUGUCAUCACCAACCUUUUACUCAGGCACGAUCUUAACUUCUCCGAGCAAUCUGAAUUUUUGAUAGCUUCCACUGCUGGAGGAGUUGCAGUGGCUUUUGGUGCACCCAUAGGGGGAGUUCUUUUUGGAUUGGAAGAGAUGUCUUCCACUUCUUAUUUCAAUUUAUCAGUUUUGUGGAAAUCGUAUUAUGUUGCCCUUGGGGCGGUGGCAACCUUGCAAUACAUGAAUCCUUUCAGAAAUGGGAAAAUUGUGCUCUUUGAAGUAACUUAUGACAAUCAAUGGAGCUUUCAAGAAAUACCUAUUUUUGUUGUUCUGGGAAUUUUUGGGGGACUCUACGGCAUUUUAAUCAGCAACUGGAAUGUUCGCUACGUAAAUUUCCGCAAAACAUAUUUACAAAGCUGGAAGAUACAGGAAGUUGUCAUCUUGACCUUGAUUACGGCUCUAGUAUCAUAUUUCAAUGAGUUUUUGAAGUUGGAUAUGACUGAAAGUAUGGGUAUCCUGUUUCACGAGUGUGUUGGCGAUGACGGUGAAUCUUUGUGGACUCACCGAAUCUGUCAAUUGGAUUCUGAUACCCACGCGGGUUUAUUUGUCCAAAUACUUCUAGCCUUAGUAUUUGCCACCGUGAUACGUUCUCUCCUCAUAGUGGUCUCAUACGGCUGCAGCGUUCCGGCUGGUAUCUUUGUACCAUCUAUGGCUGUUGGCGCCACUUUUGGUCGCGGGAUAAGUUUGAUGGUGGAAAGAUGGAUUACAGGGCAACAUAAAAUUACGCCCGGCACCUAUGCGUUUUUAGGUGCGGCGGCCACUUUGAGUGGGAUAACAAACCUUACUUUAACUGUAGUUGUGAUCAUGAUUGAACUAACUGGUGCAUUUUCUUAUAUUAUUCCCUCCAUGAUUGUGGUGGCUGUCACACAUUCGGUUUAUGGAUUCAUUAGCUCUAAAGGUGGCAUUGCAGACCAAAUGAUUACCGUGAACGGAUUUCCAAUCCUGGAGAAUUUGCAAGACGAGAUAAGUUAUUUGGACGGCUAUAAAGUUGGAGAUAUUAUGUCUCAGAAUAUCGUCUCUCUGCCAAAAACCUUGUCUCUAUCAGAAUUAACUGCUUUCCUCGAGAGAAAUGAGAAAUUCAAACAAUUUCCAGUGGUAGACGAAAAAAGUGGUUCUUGCAUCGGGUACGUUAAAAGAACACUUCUGAGCGCAGAAGCGGAGGCAGCGGCCGUUAAUGGACCCACCUACAUGCCGAGAGUCUUACUGACUCGAGAAAACGAGGAAACUUCCGAAUCUGACAUACAAAUUUUACCGCUCGACCAUAUCGUUAAUCGUUCCCCAAUUGUAGUCGCGAGCAACAUGCCUCUGCAAUUGCUGAAUAGAUACUUUCAGAAGCUUGGUUGCAAGCUUGUAAUUGUUGAAGCUAGCGGUUGUUUGCAGGGUCUGCUGACGAAAAAAGACUUUUUGAAGUUCGAAAGACUUAAGCACAGAGAACUCCAUGGUCCCCUAUACACAUUCAAUUCAAACAUUGACCAAAAACUCUGGUCCAUUAUAAAAACUAUUUUCAGAAUUUCUGAUUACUGA